ACAACCAAGUUGUAAAUAGCUGUAGUGGGGACCCGACUUUCGAGAUAGCCACGCUAUUUGUAUUACCAACGAUACGUGAUUUGUGCCGUAAUAUAUACUUAAAGAAUAUAAAGUGAAUCAUAGAUAUUUUCUAUACUAAUUACUAUUUCAGAAAAAUGAAUAUGUUGGAGAAAGGCAUAUGUAUAGUGAUACUAUUAACAUGUAUUAUCUCGAUACAUUCAGUACAUGGCCGAAAUUUACAUCGAUAUAAAAGACAAAAUUUCAGCAAUAAAGCAUGGGCUUGUUCCUUCGUAACGUGUAUUAAUGGAGGAAAGAAGGUGGAUACUGAUACUCAAUGUUACUGUAAUUGUACGGAUGAGUAUACCGGAGAAAGUUGUGCGAUAAAAAUAGCUGACAUCACAACGUUGGGCGUCAACGCUACAACUGGUACCACAACUACACUGAGACCAGAAUCUGAGAGAAUUUGUGAUGGAUUUGAGUGUAAACAUGGCAGAUGCAAUGUUGAUGAAGGUCGUUACACGUGUGACUGUGAUAAAGGGUACAUUGGAUCUCGCUGCCACAAAAAAUGUCUAAAAGACUGUGUACAUGGCGGCUGUAGCACUAAUGGCAUCGAUGAGACAUGUUUCUGUGAAUAUACAUGGACAGGAGAUUUUUGUGAUGAAAAAAUCCCAGAAGUGUCUAAUGCUUGGGUAUGGUAUACUGUUGGUGGAUGUGUGGGCGCUGUCCUCGUUUUGUUUGUGGUGUUUAUCGUUCUAAUAUACUGGAUGUGGAAGAGAAGAGAAAUUAUAGCCAUGAAGAUCGUCCAUUUCUUUCAACCAAUGGAAGACUCGGAUGGGAUGUUGUUUGAUGCCUUUAUCUCCUACAAAUCACAUCCAGACGACGAAGAAUUUGUUCUAAAAACAUUAUUACCAAAACUUGAAAAAGAAAUGAAAUUUAAACUUUGUCUUCAUUUCCGAGAUUUUGUAGUUGGUGAGACCAUAGCCAACAAUAUUCUAUGGGCAGUUCAAAAUAGCAGACGCACGGUGCUGGUUAUUUCUCCAAAUUACCUAGGCAGUGAAUUCGCGCGUUUUGAGUAUCAGACGGCACAGGUUGAAACAUUGAGAUUACGUCAGAGGAUCAUACCCAUUAUGUUCCAGGAUGUUCAGAGCAAAACAGACGAAAUGGACAGAACACUAAAGAAUAUUCUAGAAACAAUAACCUAUAUAAAAUGGUCCCCAGAAACUAACGAGAAAGAAAACAGCAAAUUUUGGAAACGGUUAGUCCUAUCACUCCCAAAACGAAGUGAUAUGGAAGGAAGUUCUAAAAACGCUAAAACGCCCAUCGUCUCUGUAAUAUCGACCAAGAAUGAUCCAUACUAUUCAAGCGUUCAACUCCCCUCGCACAAAAAAAUGGAUACGCUGGAAGCGGAAUGGACCAAUAAAAUCGGAAUGUUCGACGUCAACGCAUAAGCUUCACCUUCAUAUUUACCAACCCAUUUGACGUUUGCCUUGUUUUAGUUGGCGCUCAAGAUUAGCAUUACGUAUAGUAUUACUUGUAUACUCUUGUAUUUUUUCUUUCUUAUUGGCUUAAAUUUUAAAAUGUACUUGCGAUUGAGGUCAACAUUACGUAUAGUAUUACUUGUAUACUCUUGUAUUUUUUCUUUCUUAUUCGCUUAAAUUUUAAAUUGUACUUGCGAUUGAGGUCAACAAGUACACGCUCACGCCUUAUCUUUUCCAACAGAAGAUAUGAAAGGAUGGAUGUGAAUGAUGCGACAGAUCAAAAUGAAAUAAAAUGGGGUUAUCGUCCUACUACUACUGGGCUAAUAAAGACGGGCAUACGCCAUGCCGUAUGCUAUGAGGGAAAUUUUGCCCAGACAGUGGUGCUACGGCCUAUUCUUAUUUCGAAUUCCAACUGUCAGGGGUUCUUUUACGUGCACGCCAAUGUGUACACGGGACCUCUUUUUUUCGUCGAACCUGAACUACUGUAUGUUGUUCCCUACCAGGCUCUCUGUUAUACACCACUGAAAGGGCCACACCGGAAAAACCCGAUGGGCUUUCUCGGCCAAUGCUUGGAUCGAACACGGGACCUUCAGGUUAGCAAGCUAACGUCCAAAUCGCUGAGCCACAGUGCCCCGUCCCGCCCCGCGACAGAUAAAAGGAAACAGCAAGUCCAUCCAAAAGUUUAUUGGUUACACUACUUCAUAUAAUUUCCAUUUUUAUUUCCCAAUCUAGAUCCAUCCAUGAAAUGCAUAAAAGAAGGUUACGAUAAAUCUGAAAGCCCAUUUUGACGCUGUGCUAUUUGUUGUAAAAUAAGAUUAAUAUGUAUAUUCUAUUUCUGCAUCUGGUUAUGUAUAUAUUUUUUUUAUGUUCGUAAAUACAUUUUAGCGAGAAGUUUUUCUAUUUUUGUUGGAGGCGUCAUCUUAAAAGGACAUCUCUUUAAAUGGGCCGUUCGAGAAAAAUUUUGUAAAUCAAACAGGUCAGUUCUGUGCGGAUGCCCUGAGAGCCACGGUGAUUCGAAAAGUAAAGCACUAGAACACUAACCAGGGGGUCGGGUUUCGAUCACGCAAAAGAACCUAGAUUGUUGAAAUUCGAAAAAAAGAUUAGGUCGUGGUGCCACUGUCCGGGCACAAUUUCACCCUUAGGACACUGUAUGGCAUACGCCCUUCUUCAUCAGGCGAGUCAGUGCAAAAAAGUAAGACGUGUGUGGAAGACCGUUAUUUUUGGCAGAAAUGCAAUCUUCCAGUUACAAUAUGAUACCCCAACAAGUAGACAUGUCUACUUAAUUUCUUGUGGCAAAUCUUUGGUACUUGUUUAAAUUCAAAUCUUAGAGUUCAUAGAAGCAGAAUAAAAAAAAGGCGAUUUUUUAUACUGUUAAUUAGACCUGGAUCCGCCACUGGCUGGCUUAAUCAAGAAAGAUACCCAUGUAUGCAGUGUGUCAUGUGGGAAAUUUUGAAUUGACAGCAACUGCGCUUUGCCUUAACCGUAUUUCGAUUGCCAAUUGUCAGAGUAUUUUCAAGGUACUGCUAAUGGUUUAUGCAUGAAAUCUGACAGGGAUCACCUGGUUUGUGAGUCGGCAACAUGACUCGCCGAGCUACCGGGGCUCUGGUAAAUACCAGCGAGCUUUCUCGGCCCAGGUGUUGACUCAGUGUGUAAGGCGAUGUCUAACUAAACAUGAUGGUUGGUCAUAUAUACUCUAGCUUGACAGAAUUACGAAUUUAAUUUGCUUGCCUACCCUACAUUGCAUCAAAAAAAUAUGCGGAAUAUUUUGUCACGGGAUUUUUUGUUGGGGGUGGGGGGAGGGAGGGGUGGAGAGAGAGGGAGAGGGAAUUGGGGUUUAACGUACACUCGACACAAACUAGGUCAUUUCGGGACUAAAAUAUUUCGAUAAUUCGCUUCCGCGUAGGGGUUCUUUAGCAGUGGCACGACCCGGAGAAAACCCACGAGGUUGGACAGGCGAUUCUACUUUGUCACGUACAACCGGGGAAUCGAAAACACGCAAGUUGACUCAAUGACAGACCCUGGUCAAACCGAAAGAUAUAAUCCCUUGCCGACAAUGCUGGCGAAGAGAAAAAAGCGGGGAAUUAAAUUCAUAAUAUAACCGUUCAGGUUAUAGUAGUUAUAUGUUAUAAUUUAAAUCUUGAAUAUUUAAGAUAAUGCAUUAUUAAUUUUAAAAGUCAAAGACUCCAUAUUAAAUUUAUUUAAACUCUCGGGACAGAAAUUAUUCUAUUUCUUUAAAUCAUUAAUUGUAUGUGUGCUAUUAAAAGGUGACUAGCAAAUGAUAAAAUGUUAUGCUGAUGACAUGUUAAUUUACUAUAAUCCUAUUUUUAUAUAAAACUUUUAUAGACAGAAAGUAACUGCUAAUAUAGCCGGUCUCGUGAACAUGCCAAUCGUAUGAAUAAUCUAUUAAUAGUUUUAUUUUCCAUUGUUUUAUUUCUUAUAUUAUACAUUAUUACAUUAAUGCUUUUUUAUGUCAACACUUGAUCUAGCCAAGUGAUUAGAAGUAAUUCCAAAUAAAUAUGUGAUUGUAGUUGAUACGUUAGUCUUUUAGGUCUAUCCGACUUAGUAGCAUUAGGUACUAGUCGGUUAUCAGCGGUCCUGUAAGUGUAUGUAGAUAAUUAUUAUUAUAAUUUUCUAGUAUUAAAGAUUUGAAGAACCA